CAUCUUCACUUCUUUACGAGGGUUUCUGCAUUCAAAUGGGAUACCGUGCAUGACCGCUUGAUGAAUUGAUGACACUCCUUCUAGAAAUACUCUUGGUUCCUGUUUCCCACUUUUCAGCAACCGACGAAACGCCUCGGCUAAUACACACGAUCCCGUCUCGACUACCACUGGGGGUGAACAACCGAGUCUGGCUUUUCGAUCAGGUCCUUCGUUGUCAUCUUUGAGUGCAAUACCUGAGUACAAUAUUGCAUUCUCCCGCCGAAGACUACGGUUCCACGACGCGUCUCGAAAUCCUCCAACUCCCCCGCCGACCCAGAUGCCCUUGUUGAUCUCAACGUGGCUAUGAUGCAUGUCUCGGAUGAGGAGGAAGUGAUGGAUGUAGACGCCCAGGAGCCCCAACGAUCGCGGCACACAGAUAUGACACAAAACCAGAGACCUCGAAGCAGAGGAGCACCGGGGUUCCCCAAGGACGUCGAAAGCAACGCAUUGCUAGGGCAGCUCUCAUUUGCACCAGCAACCCAAACGACUGUUGUUACCACAACCACGACCACGACCACGAAGUUUCCGCCCUUUUUGAUGCGGCCUCCUCGUCGAAUGCAGGAGCUCGAUUUGAAGCAAUAUCCACUAGCAGCAAGUCCCACACCUGCCAGCCUCAAGAAGAUACAUUUCGAGAUAGAAGGGAGACAUACAAUAUUCAGCGAGGCAAAUGACACAUCGAUUGCAUUAGAACAGUUGGAGAGAGAGCAGCGAAUGCUUGGGGAUGCCAAUGGCAGAAUACAGACGAUCCAAACAUCUCAGCCCUGGUCGGAGACACCACACAACGAAGAACGCCUGACGUCGUUUCAGAGACAAGCAGAAAAGCGGCCAGCGUCACCAGAGUCCAUCAGCGGCGACGAGGAACAUGCACAUCUCCAGGGGCCAGCCUUUGCAUCCAGCAACCGUGGUGCUUCUGUACAACCCAGCAACAAACGCGAACGACCCAGCAUGCGGCUGUUGUCAAGACCACACGAUUUGCACAUCUCGAAUCCAGUUACUCCAGAGAGUAUACCGAAACCAUCCCGACACAGAAGAGUCAGCCGCGAGCGAGCCAGCGCCACGCGGCACAUGAGCUCCGGACUUCUUCCAUCGCCAAAUAUGGACCUGCAACACACGUUCCACAACACACAAUCAUUCACCCCGAGAACAAGCCAACAUGCUUCCAUGUCUUUAGACGAUAGUGCCGGUAUGACACUCGAAGAGACGAUCCUUGGACGAGACCUGAGACGAGGUUCUUCUCAAGACACUGCGGUCCCAACACCGCCAAUUGAUGAAGAUGGUCAGGUGCCUGGCCCCCGACCUCUUAGUCGUACAGCAUUGUCUUCUGUACCCGCAAGACUUCAUGUCGCAGAAAGUCCAUCUGGGCAGGAUGGCUCUUUGCCUAGUCCGUCGUUGUCUCCUGUGACGGCCGCUGCCACUCUACAACACUCUGGCUACUUCGCAGACAUUGACUCAAACUCCGAAGUAGCUUCUCAGCAGGACGUGAUGGCAGGCAUGACUGUCCGGGAACGAUCACUGACAUCUUUACCACCUUCCAACCCCACCGUAGACCACGUCUCCCAAUAUGGACAAAGCCGUCUCAACCGUUUCCGAGGCCGUUCAAUUUCCGACAUUCCUGCCAUGCUGGACUAUUUUGAAGCCAUACCCAACGAGUUAAAGAGCUAUGUUAUGCACCAACUUCUGCGAAGGUGCCCCAAACCCACCCUUCAAGUUGUUGCAGAUGCUGUAAAUCCGGCUCUGAAGUGUGAUUUCCUCGCCAUAUUACCACCUGAACUGGGCCUUAACAUUUUGAAAUAUCUCGAUCUGAAGAGUCUUUGCAGGGCGGCACAAGUAUCUAAGAAGUGGCGGCAAUUGGUCAACGGUGAUGAGAGGGCAUGGAAAGAACUGUUUGACGCCGAUGGCUAUACUCUACCUGAGGGUGAACUACAGCGAGCCAUCACCGAAGGUUGGGGCUGGCAGGAUCCGGUUGGGCCGGCAGGUUAUGAAGAAAACCUCAGCUCCUCAUCCAGUUCAAAGUCCGACAACGAGGCUAUUGUGUCCUUGCCAUCGUCGCCCCAAGGACAAAACAGAUUCAACGGUAUUCUUCGACGUUCCAAGCGCAAGGCUGCGACGAUGUUGUCCAACCGCAACAAACAGCUGAAACAUAUGGGAUCAUCACGCGAAGCAUCAAUUGACGUCACCCUUGACUGGAUGAGCCAAGCAUCAAAUGCCGAAGGUCCAUACCAUGCUGCAAAUGCUGCUCUUUCGGCUCUUCCACAACCCAACGUUGGUUUGCCAAGUUUGCGGGGUCUUCAUCUCUACAAGUCGCUUUACCGGAGGCACCAUCUAAUCCGAAAGAACUGGAUGUUCGAGGAAACAAAACCGCAGCAUAUCGCCUUCCGUGCGCACGACACCCACGUCGUCACUUGUCUGCAAUUCGACACCGACAAGAUCUUGACUGGAAGUGAUGACAACAACAUUAACGUCUAUGAGACCAGAACAGGCGUCUUGAAGGCUAUCUUGACUGGUCAUGAGGGUGGAGUGUGGGCUUUGCAAUAUGAGGGAAAUACUCUCGUUUCUGGCUCAACUGAUCGAUCAGUCCGAGUAUGGAACAUCGCUGAAGGGCGGGAGACUCAGGUUUUCCGAGGUCACACAUCGACUGUGAGAUGCUUGCAGAUCGUGACGCCCGUCAAGGUUGGCGAGAGUGCUGAAGGCAGGCCAAUCAUGAUGCCAAAGCAACCACUCAUCAUCACUGGUUCUAGGGACUCCACGCUGCGUGUUUGGAAGUUGCCCAGGGCAGACGACCCUGUCUUCAUCCAGGCAGAGAACGAGACCGAUGCUGAUGACUGCCCCUAUUUCGUGCGAAUACUGACUGGACAUCAACACUCGGUCAGAGCAAUUGCCGCUCAUGCUGAUACUUUGGUAAGCGGUAGCUACGACUGUACCGUCCGUGUAUGGAAGAUCUCUACUGGUGAGACUGUUCAUCGUCUUCAGGGUCACACUCAGAAGGUGUACAGUGUAGUCUUGGAUCAUGACCGCAAUCGCUGUAUCAGUGGCUCGAUGGACAACAUGGUCCGCAUCUGGGAUCUGCACACCGGGUCUCUUAAAUAUACCUUGGAAGGCCACACCUCUCUGGUCGGGCUGCUCGACUUGAACUGUGACAAACUCGUCUCAGCGGCUGCUGAUUCUACCUUGAGGAUAUGGGACCCAGAAAAUGGUCAGUGCAAAGCUACACUGAGCGCACACACAGGAGCAAUUACCUGCUUCAAACACGACGGGCAGAAAGUAAUUAGUGGCUCCGACCGCACCUUGAAGUUAUGGAACAUCAAGACUGGGGAGUGCAUAAAAGAUCUACUCUCGAACCUCAGCGGUGUCUGGCAAGUCAAAUUCAAUGAACGACGCUGUGUCGCCGCAGUGCAGCGUGAUGGGUUGACUUAUAUCGAGGUAAGCCUGCAUUGCUCGAAUCUCCCUUUCAAGCUAACGAUUCUGGAUAGGUUCUCGACUAUGGAGCAGCCCGCGACGGCAUUCCCCCCCAUAACCUUGGCCGACGCAUUGUCGUCGACGAGUCGGGGUUCGAGACCCGCAUCGAUGAUGACUACCUGGAGGAUGGAGCCGGAGACGUAUGAACUCGUGUGCUCUAAGGGACCGAGGCGGACAUUUCAGAUUCCCUAACACGAAGAAACACUACCAUCAUGCAGCUUCUGGCCCUGAUUUCCUUUUCCAAGGCGGGACCAGACGAUCCUCACUAUCUUCCUCCAAGCCUGAGAAAUGUUUCAUUCUGGCACGACUACGACUGACGCCUCUUGCUUUACGACUUUUGACGACCUUGAUUGACUUCUUGUGGCUUAACGACAAAUCAUAUCGUGAUGCACAGCUGCCAACAUAGCCGAUAUCAAUACCCCUUGACGAAUGAAUGCAUUCUGGUGCGAGCUGAUCCUUUUCUUGUUUAUGCAUAACUCACUUCCAAAGUUGGAAGAUGAGCAGACGUGGGCUCAUAUGCAGGGGUCUGCUAGUGGUUUCUUCGGUCAUUUGCUCUGUGAUGGGGGCGGGCUGGGCUUUUUGCACUUUUAAGAAAGAAAGAAAAGGCAUAGACUCCCAACGACACCAGAUCGAACUGCAAGACUUGUUUAGUUACACAGUGGCUUGUUCAUUUUGCUUAGCCGCGUUUUUCCACUUCUUUGUAAGAGAGGAAAAAGAAAGGCACGACAUGUACAUACUCUGUGUUUUUUCUCUUCUCUAUUGACAGCCUGAUACCAGCUAUUGCUUUCAGAGCGAACGAGUCCUGAGAUAUUGAAUGCGCCUGAUUACUUCUUUCUAUUUCUACUGUCGCUAGAAUUGACAAAUUUCUGUCC